UUUAAUGAAAAAAACGUUUGCCAGGAAAUUUGUGACUCUGUGGCUUUUUAUGAAUGGGGAGGCCUCACUGAACCCACAAUAUAAAAGGGGGACACAGGAGGUGAAGGUCUACACAUCAGGGCCUUGCUCUUGCAAAACCAAACCACAAGGCCGACUCGCAGAAGAAGGCAGAGCUCCGCCAUGCCCAGCUCAGCGCUACUGUGUUGCCUGAUCUUCCUGGCCGGGGUGGGAGCCAGCCAAGACGAGGGUACCCAGUCUAAGGGCAGCUGCACCCUCUUCCCAGCCAACCUGCCCCACAUGCUCCAAGAGCUCCGAGCUGCCUUCAGCAGGGUGAAGACUUUCUUUCAAAUGAAGGACGAGCUGGACAACAUGUUGUUGAACGGGUCCUUGCUGGAGGACUUUAAGGGUUACCUGGGUUGCCAAGCCUUGUCGGAGAUGAUCCAGUUUUACCUGGAGGAGGUGAUGCCCCAGGCUGAGAACCACGGCCCAGACAUCAAGGAGCACGUGAACUCUCUGGGGGAAAAGCUGAAGACCCUGAGGCUGAGGCUGCGGCAAUGUCAUCGCUUUCUGCCCUGUGAAAAUAAGAGCAAGGCAGUGGAGCAGGUGAAGAGUGCCUUUAGUAAGCUCCAAGGGAAAGGUGUCUACAAAGCCAUGAGUGAGUUUGACAUCUUCAUCAACUACAUAGAAGCCUAUAUGACGAUGAAGAUGAAAAACUGAAACACCCUAGGGAACAAAGCAUCCAGGACAGCAACUCUACUAGACUCCAGGAUGUAAAUUGGAGAUCUCCCAAAUCUGAUCCAGGGUUCUAGGAGAGCCCAACCAGCUCCUUGGAAAAACCUGUCAUACCUCUCUCCUAGACUAUUUAUUACCCCUGAUACCUCAACUCCCAUUUCUAUUUAUUUACUGAGCUUCUCUGUGAACUAUUUAGAAAGAAGCCCAAUAUUAUAAUUUUUUUCAAUAUUUAUUAUUUUCACCUAUGUUUAAGCUGUUUCCAUAGGGCGACUCCCUAUGGUAUUUGACUGUUUUAAGAGAAAUUGUAAGUUAUAUAAGGAAAAAAAAUGUUUUUUGGGGAGCCAACUGAAGCUUCCUUUCCAGGCCUGACCACACU